AAUAUAUUCCGUAAAUAUAUGAUGGCGGCUUGUUAUUGAAAGAGAAAAAAGUCAAUUGUACAAGACCCAAACGGAUUUUUAUUCCAUUCGAAUUUUAUUUUUAAAAUAAUUUCAUUAAUUAAAUUGAAAACAAACGACGAUAAUAAUGAGUGUGAGUGAAAACGAUAAUGAUAAAACCAUUACCAACGUUCCAAUCAAGGAGGAAGUAAAUGAAAACUGCAAUUUGAUCAGUAUGGAAAAACUAGAUCCCGGCUCGCCAGAAACAUGGCCGGAAAAAAUUCCAGGUGUCAACGAAUAUGCCAAACUGAAUUCGAUCACGAGUCGAGAUGAAGUACCAUCAUGGACUCAGGGACUUUCACAAGAAGACAUCAAUUCCAUGCACCAAUUGGGAGCACUGUCACAGGCUGGUCUGAUUUCAGAAAUAAAAAAACUGUAUGACCAAGCCUAUCAAUUGGGAGUGGAAGAAGCGCGUGAAAUGACCAGAGGCAAAUACCUGAACAUAUUUUCACAAAACAAUCGCAAAAAGUGAUGCAAAACAGUACACCAUCCAGGCAACAAAAAAAAUAUAAAACAUUGUUCAUGCCAUUCGCAUAGCUUUUAAGGAAUAACUUUAAAAAUAAAAUGUUGUAUUAACGUGUUCGUUUAAGUAUCGUACAAAAAAAAAAAAAAAACAAAGAAAUCAAUAAUUAAAUUCACUUGACCUAAGUUCAUUUAAAUGAAGCAACAGGAUAAACAUUUAUAAAAGAAACAAGAGUAAAUAAUUUUAGUAAAUACAUUUAUUUUAAUAAAAUUUAUU